CAUUUCAUUCGAUGUAAGAGGGGCGGUGGCUAACCUGAUUUAAACUCUCAGUGCAAAUCGGUUAAAUUCUUCUGGAUCUGAAGAGAGGUACAGUGCUGUGUAAACUGGUGGAAGACUGACGUGCGUGACAAGAAAUCUGAACCGUGGAAAUGGCAAGCUACCACAAACCCGACGAGAAAACCAUCCAGGGCCUUAAAGACAUGGCCAACAAACUGAGGAUUCAUUCCAUCAAGGCGACAUGUGCAUCCAAUUCCGGCCACCCCACCUCCUGCUGCAGUGCUGCAGAGAUCAUGUCUGUCCUCUUCUUCAACACCAUGAAGUACAAGACCUCCGAUCCACGCAACGCCAACAACGACCGCUUCAUCAUGUCAAAGGGUCACGCGGCCCCGAUCCUGUACGCUGCCUGGGCGGAGGCUGGGUACGUCAAAGAGGCUGAUCUGCUGAACCUGAGGAAGAUAGACUGCGAGCUGGAGGGACACCCAACUCCGAAACUGGCCUUCGUUGACGUGGCGACAGGGUCUCUAGGACAGGGCCUGGGUGCGGCCUGCGGGAUGGCCUACACUGGGAAACACUUUGACAAGGCCAGCUACCGUGUGUACUGCCUGUUGGGGGAUGGGGAGUCCUCCGAGGGGGCUGUCUGGGAGGCCAUGGCUUUCGCCUCUCACUACCAGCUUGACAACCUGGUGGCCAUCUUUGAUGUGAACAGGCUUGGCCAGAGUGAGGCUGCGCCCCUGAAGCACGACAUGGAAACCUACCGCAAGCGCUGCGAAGCCUUUGGCUGGAACACGUACGUGGUAGAUGGGCACGAUGUGGAGGAGCUGUGUAAGGCUCUGUGGCAGGCACAGCAGGUGAAGGGUAAACCCACAGCCAUCGUCACCAAAACCUUCAAGGGCAAAGGAAUCCAAGGUGUUGAGGACCAAGACAACUGGCAUGGCAAGCCUAUUCCCAAAGACAAGGUGGAUGCCAUCCUUGCUGACCUGCAGGGCCAGAUUCAGACCAACAAGCUGCUGUGUCCCGAGCAGCCUGUGGAGGACUCUCCCAAGGUGGACAUCUCCAGCAUGUGCAUGCCCUGCCCUCCUGCCUACAAGAUUGGAGAGAAGAUGGCUACACGCCGUGCCUACGGUAUCGCUCUGGCCAAGCUUGGGGAGGCGAGCGAUCGCGUGGUGGCGUUGGACGGAGACACCAAGAACUCCACCUUCUCUGAUCUCUUCAAGAAAGCGCACCCAGACCGCUUCAUAGAGUGCUUCAUCGCGGAGCAGAACAUGGUGAGCGUGGCAAUGGGCUGUGCCGCACGUGAUCGCACUGUGGCCUUUGCUAGCACCUUCGCUGCAUUCCUGUCCCGUGCCUACGACCACGUCCGCAUGGGAGCCAUCUCCCAGUCCAAUGUCAACCUGUGUGGCUCUCACUGUGGAGUCUCCAUUGGUGAAGAUGGCCCCUCUCAGAUGGCCCUGGAGGAUCUGGCGAUGUUCCGCGCUAUCCCAACAUGCACCGUGUUCUACCCCAGUGACGCUGUUUCCACUGAGAAAGCAGUGGAGCUUUCUGCAAACACCAAGGGAAUCUGCUUCAUCAGAACCAGCCGACCUGAAACAGCUGUGCUCUACUCCCCCGAAGAGAAGUUUGAAGUCGGACAAGCCAAGGUGGUGCGCCAGAGCGACAGUGACAAGGUGACGGUCAUUGGUGCUGGAGUGACCCUUCACGAGGCUCUGACCGCUGCAGAUGAACUCGCUAAGGAAGGUAUCAAUAUCCGUGUGAUUGACCCCUUCACCAUCAAGCCUCUGGAUGCAGAGACCAUCAUAUCCAGUGCCCGUGCCACUGGGGGCAGGAUCAUCACUGUGGAGGACCACUACAGAGAGGGUGGCCUGGGAGAGGCUGUGUGUGGCGCAGUGGCAGAGGAGCCCACCAUUCUGGUGCAGCGGUUGGCCGUCUCCCACGUCCCCCAGAGCGGCAAGCCCACGGAGCUGCUUCACAUGUUCGGCAUCAGCGCCAAGAGCAUCGUCUCUGCCGUGAAGUCAACCUUCGCCAACUGAGGCCCCUUCCCACGACUCUGCGGCACACUGCCCCCUGUCGAAGCUUUUGCUAGGGUUACUGUCCAAAAAACCUCAUGUGUAGUCAAUGGGUCCAUUCUGUAAUUCUGUCCUAACUUGCCAAGAUGUCUGUUCUACCCAACAAUUUGAAUGCAUCCCUAGAUCCUUUAUGUUGAAAGGCGAAGUCUUGAUGGUCUGAACUGCAUUGGGGCAAGGUUGAACACCUUGAUGUUUAAAUCUAGUAGUUAGUUUCUGAUUUCAUUUAAAUGUGUGUGUUUCUCAAAGUAAAUAGUUAAGGGGACCAUAUAAACUGUCUUCAGUCUUAAUUAUCCAUUCCAAUAUCUCAAAAGCUACAACCUAUGGUUUUAACAUUGUUUACUUUGAGUACUAUUUUCAGUGGUUUAAUAUUCAUACUUUUUGUAGUCAUUUCAAGAAAAUAUAUUUCUUGAUUUGACAGCAAUAACAUCUUGAAAUAGGAUGGCUAAUAUGUUAAUGGUUACCUUACCUUUUGGAUUAAAAUCUACUGGGAUCAAGUUUUGUCUACCUGCACUGUACCAUGCGAUCAAACCCCUGUCCUCUACUGAGCUAUUGAGACGUUCCGUUCUUGGUGAAACUUCUUUAGCUGUUUUUGUCCCUCGACUGCCGUGUUGUGUUAACCCAGAGCAGCUGACUCCUGCAGUUACUAAUCUGUGAAUGGCUUGUUAAGCUUGCUGUUGAAGUUGUGAGCGUGCUCCGUGUGAGCUGAUCCUUCAUGGUUUACUAUAAACAAAAUAAAGCACAUCUAAAUGC